CACGGAAAAAAACCUCCUACGAAACCGAGGCUGGUGCUAGAUUUACGCGUGUUUCCCCCCACGCCCUCGCUCGUUCCGUGCCAUGGUUUUUCAUCCGGGAAAACGCUGACAACAAAAAUGGAUCGAUUUGACAGUUCUCCGCGGCAGACUCGCGAAUUAUUCUGUUUGUUAUUCGAUCUUCUAGUUGUUGUAGAAGCGCAAUGAACAAUGAAUCAUAAAAACAAACAAUCUACCGCCCACCGAAGGAAUGCCAUCCAAAAACCCGGAAAUUUCGAACUCCAGCUGGCCGUCCUCACCUUCAUCGUUAUCAGCAUCGUUUACACCAGAAACAGCAGUGCAAAAUCGAUAAUAGCUUGUUGGCAAUAGAAGCGUAGGGUAGGUUCCUACAGGUGAAACGAAACUCUCUCGCUGCCUUAUCCAGACGAAGACGUGUGUGUGUGUGUGUUUUUUUUUGUGUUCGGGAGGUGGUACCAUCGGUAAAGUAUGAGCCUUUGUGGAUGGUUUAAAAUAUUCAAACGGAAAAAUGCCGUCAAUGCCAGUGAUGCUGACAGCGAAAGCAGUGGUCCAGAUGAGGACAGAGUUGGGAACAAGGGACGAAGGACGGCAGGCUCGAAGGGCGGGAAAGGUGGUGACAAAAGGAAAGAUGGUGGUUCGGCGGCCAAUGGGUCACGAAAUGGUGCUGAGAAGAAUGUGGGGAAAGGGAAAACGAAAGUGAAAAGCGACGGCACUGUUUCCGAGGACGAUUGGGAGGAAGGCGAAACGGAUGCAGAUGCCGAUGCAGGGAGCGAUGAAGGCAACCCACGCAACAAGACAGCCCUCAAACCGGGUCACUCGCUGAUGCACUGGAUUCGGCUGGGAAACUCCGGUGUGGAUCUGGCCGGAACUGGCGGUAAGGUGAGACCCGUCAACUACGCCGAACUGGCACAGCACAACAAACCGGACGACAUCUGGACGGCCAUUCGGGGGAAGGUCUACAACGUGACCAGAUAUUUGGACUUUCAUCCUGGAGGUAUUGACGAACUGAUGCGUGGAGCUGGCAAGGAUGCCACCAAGCUGUUCGACGAGGUCCACGCUUUCGUAAACUACGAAUCCCUCCUCGCCAAGUGCUACAUCGGUCCACUGCGUAGUACCGGAGUGCUCCACCUAGUUCCCGAAGAGCCAGCGGAGUCCUCGUUCCUAAAACCACCUACCCCUUCGGUGAUCAUCACUCCUAGCUCCCCUUCAAUCCGCACACUGAAAGCCAACUCCGCCAACUCGAUAGCGAGCAGUUCUAGCGAGGAAUCCACUAGCAAAGCUGCUCCCGUAGUGCCUCGCUUCGACUGGAUCCAAAAGACUGCCGAAGUCACGUUCAUCUUCUACACCAAAGCGCUCUGCAACCCGGCCGUCGUCGUAGAGUUCGUCAACAAUCUAGAAUUCAACGUGCGGAUUUUCCUCGAGGGGAAUGUCCGUCAUCGGUAUCAGUUCCAAGUGGCGAACAAUCUACAGUGGCCUUGCACCGUGCGACAAUCGCUGGAAGCCGGUAAGGUCGAACUUGUGUUCAACAAACUCCUACCGGGACUGUGGACUAGCUACGGCCAAAUGGAACACGAACGCUCCGAAAACUACCCGCUGGAGCUGUACGAGUACGACGUGGCGACACGGCUCGAAAUCACGCACGAUUCUUGCGCACUUCUGCUUCGACCGAAGAACAAUUCCAUCCUUCAGGUGAUACCAAUCGGGUAUCAUCUGUCAAUAUCGGGUACGGUCGCCGACGGGCAAGUUGUCACGCGUAGCUACACUCCCGUUCCUGCCAGCGCCAUCCCGACGGAUUGUCCGGCGACGUUCGUUCCGCUGCUGGUGAAAACCUACCAGCACGGGGGCCUGUCCAAACACCUGACGAGGCCGGUCCCGUUGGCCACUUCGCUGCAGCUGUCGCAACCGAGUGGGAGCUUUUCGCUCGCCAAGCUCAAACAUCACAACCGCAUUGCCUUACUAGCCGCCGGCAGUGGAAUCACGCCGAUGCUAGCCUUACUCAAUUAUCUGCUGGAGAGGAGUAGUAAUAAGAUGGAGUCCAUAAGCCUGCUGUAUUUCAAUAAAACCGAAGCGGAUAUCUGGUGCCGAGAGAUGCUGGAUAAUUUAUGCGCAAAGGACAAAAGCAGACUUACGGUGAAGCACUUCCUUUCUGAGGCUGAAUCGCAAAGCGCCACCGGUUCGCCCAACACGUCCCGACCGGCAUCAUCAUCGUCGUCACCCCCAGCAACACCCGCAGCAUCCUCAACGACGAUCACGGAGGCAGAUAGCCGUCCUUCGUCCUCAGCAGCGGCGGCGCUCGAGCGUGGUCGAAUUUCACUGGCCGUCGCUCAACAGCUGACCAACGUGGAUUCACCGCUGUCGGCAACAUUCGUCUGUCUCUGCGGGCCCAAACCAUUCAACGAGCUGAGCUGUCAACAUCUGGAGCAAGCCGGCUUCAACAUGUCCCAUGUACACAGCUUUCAAGGCUAAGCUGGCGGGUAGGUUCGAAAAUCCUCGACGAUUCCUUUGUCUAAAAAUAAGAAUAGUAAAAAAGCAAUUAUUCCCCGCGAGUCGAGGGGAUUCAUCAGUGGUUAAAAUUUAGGUCAAACCAACCUUCGCGCUCUUAUUGCUCCUUUCCUAACAUAAACAGCAAUCAUCCAUUGGAGAAAAAAACCCCCCUUCCAAUCAAAUAGAUCGCGUCAAAUAAACCGAACGAUAUCAUAACUUACAGGAAUGGAACAAAAAAGCUUUCAGUCAUUAAAUGUGGAUCCACAACCGGACGGUAGUUAGACAACUCAGUAAUCAAAAUUAAUUGGAAACAGUUAAUUGUUGGUCACCCCAACCCUUCGACAUCGCUUCGGUGGUUUUAAAAAAUAGAGACGAGAAAUGAUUGAUGUGUAAACAAGGAGCCAAAGUCAAUGGAAGUUGCUUUCUGUUUUUGUUUUCUUCUUUACAGUGUCCUAACAUUGAGCAGAAUAAACGAGUUUCCGCACGAAAAUUUGAAUUCAAAAUUUAUGAUAAUCGUUUGACACUUGGUGAACAUCCAAUAAAUUUUGCAAAACUUUCCGCGAUAUUUCCCGAACAGAUUGAGACGUCUUAGUUGCCUGUCAGAGCUUUUGUAAAAUCCGCGUCCAACACUCCAAAAAUGUCAAAAAUGUGUAAGCAAAGUUGUGUAUUUCAAUGAUGCGAAACAGACUAUAAAAUAUAAUCCAUUCAGAGACGUCGCGUGACUCAUUUGUUUAUUUAGCGUUGAAAACAGAGACG